UCAGUAACUUAGCAGCAAAAAAGCUAGAAUGAGAGCGACUCGUGUUUGUAACUCAACCCAAACGUUUGUGAUCGGCGAUUCACUCGUUUAAAUCGGGCAAAUUAUAGCACGGUAGUUGGACUGAUGAGAAUAAUUUUGAAUCAUAUUAGAUAGAGGGAGUAUUUUUUUAUACCUUAGUCAAUUGCGUAUUGAAAUAUCUCUGGUAAAUAAUUUUGUAUCAAGAUUCAAAUAUGAUGAUCCCAAAUGGAAAGACAGCUAACAACAAAGUAGCACCGGUUAUCCUAAACGAAGGCAACAUUAGCGCUGGAGUUGAGCCAGGGCUGACUAAUCAUGCCGAUGCGCUCGAAGAAGAGAUUAAACGGAGCAAAGGAAAAAUAAGAAAACCCCGAGGUAUCAACUCCAUUGGUAGCGGUACGAAGGUAAAAGUUGGUUUCACAAGAUGGAAGAAAGCAGCGUUAGAUGGUAUACACAAAUCAAAGAAUGAAGGACAGAAGAGAACUUUUAAAGAUAAACUUAAAGUUUCUGGUGAUAAAAUCUCUCAUCGCAUGAACGCUGCACAAUUAAGCGACCUGGAAGACCUCGUAGAUGGCGACGGCGCAAAUAAACACAAAGGAAAUGGAAUCGCAAACGGAGCAAAUGGAACCUCUAUUAGUUCCUCUAGUAGAGCAUUGUUAUAUUACUUCGCUAAGCUGUCAGCGAACGCUAAUACGAAUGAAGUGAUUGAUCUUGAGUUUGUUGAGACGCUUAUCAAGACAGGCGCAUCAGUUAGUGUGACCGAUAGACAUGGACAGACCGUCAUGCACGAAACGGCGCGACAAUGGGAGGUAGCGGUGGCAAAAUUCCUCAUAAAAAGAGGUGCAAGUAUAAACCAAGCAGACAGGUUUGGCCGUACUCCUCUGCAUGUCGCUGCAGCGGUGGACUAUCCAGACAUGGUGCGCUUUCUUGUUGAGAAUGGCGCUGAUGUCCACGCGCGCACUUCAGGGGAGCUUCAGACUCCGAUCCACUACGCUGCGCGUAAUGAUGCCGCAACAUCACUCAAAAUGCUACUGAGGUGCGGAGCAAAUAUGGACGAUCGCGACUACAAAGAGCGAACCCCGUUACAGGUAGCAGCAGAACUGGAUCGCUCGGAGACCGCCAAACUUCUCGUCAAACAAGGCGCGGAUGCUGGGGUGAUGGACGAUAGCGGGAUGACGGCACUCGUCAUGAUGAUCAGCAAAAUGCCUGUUGUGGCAAAAGAGGCACUAAAUCAAUUCUACUCGUAUGACCGGGCAAACCGCAAGCAGUAUUUCUACUUGAACUACCUCGAGCCCGUCAUACCAAAGUGUAUUAAUAUCGGAUGGCCGCAAACCGCGCUAGAAGUAGUUGUCCUGCAUAAGCAGUUUGACCUUAUCAUGCACCCUGUCUACCAGCGACUCUUAAAGGUCAAAUGGCAACGCUUCGGCAAGAGAGGGGCAUGGUUUCAAGCCAUCUCCAGCUUGAUUUAUGUGAUUCUUUGGACUGUAAUAGGUAUAACAAAAGCUGACAAGCCGAGCGAGUACUACCAACCAAUAAGUGAGAAGUGGUGGCGGAUUGGACUAUACGUGUUCGCCGUUUUGAUGACUUUUAACGAAAUUCGACGCGAAAUUUCCGACAUCUUGUUUUCAAAGAAGGAACACAGGCUCUGGAUGAAGUGGCGUGAAACGGAGCUACAGCGAGACUUGAAGUAUUGUCAUCCGCGCUGGCCUGGGGAGAGAAUUUAUCUAAUGCAAGAAAUCGACUUCUUACAUCAACAGGAGCCAUCGUACUUCAAUGACGCUUGGAACGUAUUUGAUUGGCUAACAUACUGUAUGGUAAUGGCUUCCCUGGUGACGCACGGUGUAUCUGUCUUAAUUGACCACAUGAUGGUUCACAAUGCGCACAUCAAUAUCAUGUCAGCCACUCUUAUCUGCAUCUGGAUUCGUCUUCUCAAGACUUUCCGCGCGUUCACUGCGCUUGGUCCCUUUGUUGUCAUGUUAGGUCAUCUAAUUUACGACAUCCUGAAGUUCUUCUUUCUAUUCGUUGUCUUCUACAUCCCUUACGCAGCCUCUUUCUGGAUGGUAUUUUCCAGUCACAACAUCAGUGGUUACUCUACCAUUGCAGAUUUGCUUUUCUCAAUGUUUCGCAUGACCGUCGUGGACGAUUACAAUUACGACGAGCUUUCGAAAGCUGAGCCCAUAAUGUCCAAGAUCCUUUGCGGUACCUAUCUCGCCUUCUCAGCAAUCAUCUGCCUUAAUCUAUUUAUCGCGUUGAUGUCAGAUACCUUUCAGCGUGUCUAUGACAACGUCAAAGCAAACGCCGCCAUGCAACAGGCAAAUACUAUUCUAUCGUUGGAAAACAAUUUGUCUGUGACGAAAAAGAAGAAAUUCGCGAAUUUUAUUCACACGCGCUGUAGUCCGGAUGAGUUGUAUUAUGAUGACGAUGUCUUGGACGACGACGAAGGCGACCUGAAGCGCAUGACGCAUCAAAUUAAAGAAGAACUCGAGGAAAUGCACUCGAAGAUGGAUGCGCAGGGGAGUAAGAAGCGCGCGGGUGUUGACGGGGUAAAGUCGGAUGUGACACGUGACGAGUUGGACGCGCUACGCGGGGAUCUGGGACGAGUAGAACAACAGCAACGAGCGAUGACCGCGCAAUUCCACACACAGAUAGGCGAGUUAAAGGAAAUGCUGAGAGAUGUGAUGGUGAAACUGAACAAACCACGCAAAAAACGACACGUACAGACCAGCUUUGAGGAGCCUGGGGUCGGCGAGCAUGGCCACUUACAGACUCUAUAAGAAAAAUAGCUCGAGAAAAGGGUUUUGAAUAUAGCUAGUAAAAGGGAGUGGGAUUUAUCUAAGGAAAAGGUAAUUAUUUAUGAAGAUCAAGUGCUUACCUUGUUUGACCACAAAAAAUGAAAUUCUCCCAAAAUGGCCACUUGGUGUGCAAAUCUUUUUAGGGUGGGAGGGGGCAACGUGAGAAUAGUCUCAAUUUGGUUAAAUUUCUCAAUUUCUUUAUACUACUUUACCUCAAGUCAUGUUUUACACUAGGCAAUUCCACUGCAGACGCACCUAUUAGUAAUUCGUCUCGUAUAAAGUUUGCUACGACGUCACAAAAAUGAAAAUGGAAAACAGAAAAGAAAAGAAAACACACACAGAGGGCGAAGCUUCAUCCGUAUGAACCUGUUAUCAUCAUUUCCUUGGCUGAUGCAUUUUGGUAAUAUAACUAGUAAAACCUCCGUAAAAAGUGAAUCGUACAUAGAGCGUGGGGGGGGGAUGUGCAGGGGGUUGCGCGCCCCCUUCGUGCUUGCCUGACCCCUGUAAUGGAAACAAAUACGACAGCAUCAUCAAAACGCUGGGUUUCUGUUUAUGCGACGACGGCAGCAACAUAAACCUUAUAAAAAAAUCGUCUAUCCCUUUUCGUACCCGGCGCAAAGUCGUUUUUUUAUGCGGCAUAGUCAAAGGAUUUUCCUAAACGCCGCCCCAGUGAAAGAAAAGUGAUUCCACAGUUCUACAUAGAUCAAAGAAUCGAUACCGAUUCACAUAAAUAAUUGUAGACAUUUGAAAUUCAAGGAAGAUGAUCGCCAAUAAAAUGUGCAGACAUUGUUUGUUUUAUCAAUCUAAUCAUCGCAAACAUUGUAGAAUCACGCAUUUUAAUUAAAACUUCUGACGAGA